GCUGCCUUCACGUGUAUCAAGAACUUGUGGAACCGCAAGCCCCUGAAAGUAUAUGGUGGGCGCAUGGCAGAGUCCAUGCUGGCCAUCCUAUGUCACAUUCUGCGGGGGGAGCCAGUCAUCCGUGAGCGCCUUGGCAAAGAGAAAGAAGGCGCACGUAGUGAGGAGGAAGGAGGGCAAGAGGAAGGUGGUGCCCGAAGAGAGCCUCAGGUGAAUCAGCAGCAGCUGCAGCAGCUGAUGGACAUGGGUUUUACAAGGGAGCAUGCCAUGGAAGCUCUUCUGAACACCAGUACCAUGGAACAAGCCACAGAAUAUUUGCUGACCCAUCCUCCACCUCUUAUGGGUGGGGUUGUGCGGCAGGAUCUGAGUAUGUCUGAAGAAGACCAGAUGAUGAGGGCCAUUGCUAUGUCACUGGGACAAGAUAUACCCAUGGACCAAAGAGCAGAAUCCCCAGAGGAAGCUGCUUGCCGAAAGGAGGAAGAAGAACGCAAGGCCAGGGAGAAACAGGAGGAAGAAGAAGCAAAGUGCCUUGAGAAAUUCCAAGAUGCAGAACCUCUGGAGCAAGAAGAACUGCACAGCUUUACAGAUACAAUGCUCCCUGGUUGCUUCCACCUGCUGGAUGAGCUGCCAGACACAGUCUACCGUGUCUGUGAUCUCAUCAUGACUGCAAUCAAACGCAACGGGGCUGACUACAGAGAUAUGAUCCUCAAGCAAGUGGUGAAUCAGGUGUGGGAAGCUGCUGAUGUUCUCAUCAAAGCUGCCUUGCCCCUUACUACAAGUGACACAAAGACUGUCUCAGAGUGGAUCAGCCAAAUGGCUACCUUGCCCCAGGCCUCCAACCUGGCCACACGCAUUCUGCUUUUAACAUUACUCUUUGAGGAGCUGAAGUUGCCAUGUGCUCGUGUGGUGGAAUCAAGUGGCAUUCUCAAUGUUCUGAUCAAGCUGCUGGAAGUGGUGCAACCAUGCCUGCAGGCUGCCAAGGAACAGAAAGAAGUGCAGACCCCAAAGUAAGAAAUA